AUGGUAGGAAAAGAAGAGAAAGGGGUCAAUUGUAGUUACUGGGAUUUAGUUGGGUUAACGACCCGAGAAUGGCUUGUGGUACUGUAUGCGGUAAUAAUUGUACUAAUAAUCAUUUCAUUGGCUGGUUUGAUUAUUUACAUUGUGCGAAGUUGCUGUUGCAUAAUGUUUAUGGAUGAAGAGCUUCAGCGUGUCGAUCGACGAAAUACGACUAAUGGAAUGCUUAAUGAUAAACGCAUUGUACAUAAUAAAUUAGCUGAGAGAGAUGUUAUCAUAGCGGCACCACAGCAGAUGCAACCAAUGAUCUCUGGUCAGCAGUUCCAGUUUGAAAGCCCACCUCGCAAAAUUGAUCGGAAUUGUCCUCUGCAUGGCCGAAAAAAAUAUUAUAAAGGUGCUAAACAUGAGGACCGAAUUUUGCUAACUGAUGAACAAGUUAUUGGAUAA